AAUACAGCAUCUAUAGGUAACAUUAAUGGCCUCUUUACAAGUUUCAAAUCUACUGUUAUCUUGCUCUUCAUCUUCUUCUUCACAUAAAAUUAAUGCUGCUAUAUCUGUUCCAAAACUUCCGAGAAUCCGAUUCUCACCUCUGAGAAAACCAAGGAGAGACUUGGUUGAGGAGCUGAAGGUGAGAGAUUAUGGAUACACAAACUCAAACCCAGUAGAAAGGAUUCUCCCUGGCACAACAAUACAAGAAGAAAACAGUUUUGAUGACUCUACAGUUAAUUCUACGGUGGUGAUUGCCCAACUCCACGCCAUUUUAGAGGCGGUUGCUGAUAGAGUUAAGAUGCACUACAACAUCGGCCAGCAACGGGACAACUGGAACACGCUUCUCCUCAACUCUAUCAACAUGAUUACUCUCACUGCUACCACCAUGGCUGGUGUUGCUGCAACUGGCGGCGCGGGUGUUUCGCUUCUGGCUUUGAAGUUAUCUUCCACGCUCUUGUUCUCCGCGGCCACAGGGAUGAUGGUUAUCGUGAACAAGAUCCAGCCGUCACAACUUGCUGAAGAACAACGUAACGCAACAAGAUUGUUCAAGCAGCUCCAGGGAGAAAUACAAACUCUACUUUCUCUGAGGGUGCCUGGCGAAGAAGAUGUGAAAGAUGCAAUUGAGAAAGUUUUAGCGCUAGACCAAGCCUACCCACUUCCCCUGCUAGGUAAAAUGAUUGAGAAGUUCCCUAAAACAUUUGAGCCAACUGUUUGGUGGCCAUUAAAUCAGUCUCAGAGAAACAACAAAGUAUACAAAAGAGACAUGAAGAUGGAGAGAAACGGAUGGAGCGAAGAUCUGGAAGGGGAAAUGAGAGAGAUUAUUCAAGUGUUGAAGAGAAAAGAUACAGAUGAUUACAUGAGACUAGGCAACUUGGUGUUGAAGAUAAACAAGAUUUUAGCCAUCUCAGGGCCAUUACUCACAAGCAUUGCAGCAGUUGGUUCAGCUUUCGUGGGGUCUCCUCACGGGUCAUGGGCUGCUGUUCUUGCGGUGGCUGCAGGUGCAUUAGCCACCACAGUAAACACUUUAGAACACGGUGCGCAAGUCGGUAUGGUAUUGGAGAUGUACAGAAACUGCGCUGGCUUCUUCACACUCUUGGAAGAAUCAAUCGAAUCCACUCUCAAUGAAAGUGAUGUAGAGAAAAGAGAAAAAGGAGGGAUGUUUGUACAAAACGUAGCUUUACAGUUGGGAAGAAGCACAUCACAGCUGAGAGAUCUUGCCGAAAAAUCAAUCUAUUCUCGCAGUAAUGGAGAAGAGAUUGACGAAUUUGCAAGCAAACUUUUCUGAUUUUGUACAAUAUGUACAUUUAUUCAUUGACUAAACGUAUUCUUUAAUUCGU